AUGGCCUUCAAGAACAACAACACCAAGAACACCAAGAACGCUGCUGCUGCUGGUGGUCAUGGCAAAUGCUGCAACUCUGAUACCAAGAUGUGGAAGGCUAUUCAAGCUACCUUGAAAUCCAACGACAUGGAAGCUUGGGCUCAACUUGCUGGUGAUGAGCAUCGUGUUCCUCAAUUGGCUCAUGUUUUGGUGAAGAGCCGCGUCGAGAAUGAUGUGCGUCGUAUGUCACCUUCGCAGCGUCAUCAAUUGCUUCAAUUCAACAAGGAUGUUCGUGGCGAAUCGAUGCGUCUUUUUGGUGUCUCGGUCAAGGAUUUGAAUGCAGUGCAGGUGGCAUUGUUCCAUGGCAACGAGGAGAUUGCUUGUCAAGUGGUUCGCUUUGUGAGUGAGCAUGCAACAGCCAACGAAUUGCGUUUGUUCCUCAACCACACAUGGGGUUAUCGCAACACGUCUCUUCAUCUUGCUGCCUUCUUUGGUAUGCCUACUUUGGUGCAAUUGUUGCUUGAACUCGGUGCCGAUCCCAUGGUGAUUAAUCGCAAGAACAUGGCUCCUGCUGAUUGCUGUGCUGGCAACGAUGCUUGUUUGGCGUUAUUGUGCCCUGAUUUGCCACAAGAGGAAGACGUUGCCAAGGAUGAUAACGUGAUGGCCGAUUUGGUUCCCACUGCUGUCACCAUGAAUGCACAUGAUGUUUCCAAUGAAACACCCGCCAUGUCUGAGGAUGACAGCGAUAGCAGCGAUGAUGAUGAAUUGGUUGCUGACACCAUUAUUACUCCCGCCAACACCUUUACCAAGGACAUGGUUACCACUUCCAAGGACCUCUUUACUGAGAUUGAAUCAUGGCAGCCUAUUGAGUCAAGCAAUGUUGUUUCCAUUACAUGGCCUCCCUUGUAUGACAACCUCAAGACCGCUUUGAUUACUGAUAUGGCUCUUUCGGAGAAGGACCUCGCUGAAGUCGUUUCCUGGUAUACCAUGGAGAGCACCCAAUCUGCCAUUUGGCCUAUCAUGGAUGAUGGCGAUGGUUGCAAGACCGCCUUGCUUCGAGAAAUGACCCUUUCGGAGGAUGAUAUUGCUGAAGUUGUAUCAUGGCAUCAAGUUCACGAUAACAAUGCUGCUGCUAUUACAUGGCCUGUGAUGGAUGAUGGUGAUGGCUCCAAGACCGCAUUGCUUCAAGAGAUGGCUCUUUCUGAUGAUGACAUUGCCGAGAUUGUGUCAUGGCAUCAAGUUCAAGAUAACCAUACUCUCACCAUUACUUGGCCCAUCAAGGAAGAUGAUACCAACCAUGGAUACAAGACUGCUUUCUUUGCCGACACGGAGUUGCCUGGCAACGGGUACAUCAAGUCAUUGCAAGAUGAUAUCGAUUUUGUUCCUGAUCUUGCCAAGAUGUUUGCCUUGGCUGAGAACGAUGUCGAUUUUGUUCCUGAUCUUGCCAAGUUGUUUGCCUUGCCGAAACAAGAUACCGUUUUUGUUCCUGAUCUUGCCAAGCUCUUUGCAUUGCCUGAACAACAAGAGGUUGACUUUGUUCCCGAUCUCGCCAAGCUCUUUGCAUUGCCUGAACAAGAGGUUGACUUUGUUCCUGAUCUUGCCAAGUUGUUUGCCUUGCCUGAUGCUAUGGUUGGCGAUGACACUAUGGCUAUCACCAAUGUCAAGCCCCACGUGUCUACAUCUUUGGAGCCAUCUGGUGAUCUCGAAGCGGCGUUAAAUCUCGACUUUUUGUUUGGGGCCGAAGACCCGUGCUUAUCUGCAGCAUCAUGCAAACAAUCAGAUGGUCCAUUGCAUGAUACCUCGGUCCCCAUUUCCAUCUCUGCACCAAUGCCUUCGGUCGUUGUUAGUGACCACGGCAAGGUUCCUGAGACAAAGAGCGAUAUGAGCAAUGGUAUGUUGAUUCUCGACUGUCAAGAAUCAGGUGAUAUGUCUCCCACGGUGGUUCAUUCUGGCAAGGCUGAGUACCACCACAUGGCGUCUUCGAAUGACCAAACGAGAACGCCAAGUGGUCAUAUCACCUCUGAUAAUGAUGCUGGGUUGCAUGCACCAAUCACUUGCGAAGAAGACACGUCCCAAGACCAGCCUAUCAAGCGUGCUAUCCAUCUUGGUGGAGCCAUCACUCGUACUUCCAUCAUUGAGUACGAUAACUCGCUUGGCGCGUUGUGUGGUGGGACAACAUUUGCCAAAGGCUCAGCUAUCAGCGAUCUGGUGACAAUGAAUGGUGAUGAUGGUGCCACUCCGUUCGCCGAUCUUGAUCAACACGUGAGCUGUGUACCCUUCAUCGAUACCAAGGACACGCAAGAACAUCAUCAUGAGCAAUGUGAUAUCGACGUUAUUGGUGAUACUGCAUCCAAGACCAGCAUCAAGAUGCAUCCAAGAGCACUUGUGAAACAAGAUGACGACGUCAACAUUCCCGAGGAUCCUGAUGCAAUUGAUCACGUUGCAUUAUCCAAUGCAGUGAAUCAUUCUGAUGGGUCGUAUGAUACUUCCACUACCACUGUUAGCAAGGAUUCAAGUGAUACUACUGAUUGGCCAAAUCAUGAUGGGACAACCAAAAGCAAGCAUCCUAUGGUCGACAAGGAUUCUGAUACGCCUUAUCAGCAGCAUGCGACACCACCAUUAUCCAUUGGUAGGAAUGCAACAAGUCCGCCCGAUGAUGGUGAUGGUGGAUGUCCUUCAGCUAUCAUCCAUGCUGCCUGUUUCAAGAUCACUCCGCAACAUCAACAUCAUCAUCACCCGCCAACAACAACAAGAUGGCAGGAUAGCUCAACCUUGUAUACCCAUUCUCCUACUGGCAAGCAAUCCAGCGAUACCACUUUCCAUGGUGAGCAUUCCAUUGGUGAUGGUGAUGAUUGUAGCAGCAGCAUCCAUAGGCGGGAUUACAAGGAUACUACCUUGGUUGGAUUCAAGUGUGACAACGAUCCUCAUGCUGUGCUACAUGGGCGUAUCUUUUCUUCAUGCGGCACGUGGCCGUCAAUUGAUCAUCAUGGUGACGGCCGUUUCCUCAAGCAUCCUAAAGAUGGUUCAAGACCGAUUGUGCAUCCUUCGACACAUCCAGCUUGGGUCGCAAAACCGGAUCUAGCCAACAGUACCAGAAACGAUUGCUUGGCUCCCGAUGAUGGAUCAUGGUGUACCUUUAAUGGCGCAAGUCCACCAGGGAACAAAGAACCAUUACUUGAUCCUCCAAACGAUGCUGCAAAGUCCCUGAAACCAUUACUUGAUCCAGGAUCGGAUAUAUCACUCAAGAAUCGCUAUGACAGUGGCGGUGGUGGCCAAGGGUCACAACAUUGGAUACAUGACCCGUAUCUCAUGUUGCAUGUCGCCACGAUUCUCUCUGAGCAAUUGGUCCAAGUCGUCAAUCAGCUUGGGAUGAUCGAUUCUUCUUCUGCCAUUCGAUACGAGGUCAAAGAUUCUUUUCCAAUGAGUGCGGUGAGGGGACAAGCAGUUGCUGUCUCUUAA